AUGUCCAAUUUCGACGAACAGGACUUGAACCACGUGAUUUGGACGCAACCGAGUAUCGACCAUCAUGCCCACCAUCUGCUGAAUCGCGAAGCAGCGCUUAACCCCGACAUGACCACACGGGCCCCACUGGGGGCAAUCGUCUCUGCAAAUUACGAUUCCUCAGACAAUAUCGAGCAGACAAUACCCGUGCGUUGGGCUAUGUGCCAGCUUCACGAGCAUUACGAGAGCUGCAACUAUCGCUGCGACGACUUCAAGUAUAGCUGGGACGAGCUCCAAGCCCGCCAUGAUCGAUUCGUGCGCGAGGACUACGGUGGUUUGAUCGAAGCGUCGCUAAAAGGCACGCAUGUCUUAUUCCUAGAUGAUCCCAUACCCGAAGAAGUAGAGGAUCUUAUACCUUCAAGCGGUUAUGAUAGCUUCACGACCGUCCCUACGAAGCGUAUCGCGCACAUCGAAGGAAUGGCAGCAGCUCAGAUACUUGAGAUGGUCCGCAGUGAGCCUAGGCCUGACGAAACGGUUUGGAGUAAUUUCCGCCAACGGUUCCAGAAUGCCCUUCGCGAGGCAAUGGAGGACCCAAAGGUCGUAGCCUUCAAGACCGAUAUCUGUCAUCGCACGGGAUUGGACGUGGAUCCGUAUCCCUCCGAUGAUGCGACACUUGGUGUCUCGCUGCUGCGCGUUUUGGACUCUGGUACCACGCGUUCGGGAUUCCAAGUCAAUGAUAAGCCCUUGUGUGACUGGCUUGUGCAGCAAACACUACAAGCGAUCUCUUACUCAAGACGCGAACCUGCCAAGCCUUUGCAUUUUGAGACGGGUUUGGAGCCGGGCUUCUACUUUGCAGGGGGAGAAGCCAACCUUGUGCGGGCUAAUCCGGCGUUUUUGCAACCUUUGAUCGCCAAAUACCCUCAAGUUCCCAUUGUGCUGCUUCACGCUGCGUAUCCUUAUACGCGUGAAGCGGUCUAUCUUGCCCACAUCUGUAAUAACGUCUACCUUGAUCUGAGUGUGGUCUUCCCCAAGGUCAGCCAAGGGGGGCAGGAGAAGGUUUUACGGGAAUGUCUAGACGUCCUGCCUCCAACACGUCUGUUGUGGAGUUCUGGCGGUCGUGAGCAGCCAGAGUCGUACUACCUAGCAACUUAUCAAUUUCGCAAGGUACUCGCAUUGGUACUUUGGUGCUAUGUCAAAAACCUUGACCUAACAAUCAAAGCCGCAGGAGAUGCUGCUGUAGGGAUUCUGUUCGGUAACGCCAACAAGCUUUACGGCCUCGGUUUCGAUACUCCCGUGUUACGUGAGUUUACCGAGGGCAUAGAGCACCGUGCGAAUCGAUUUGGUUGA